GUCAAUCAUUAAAUGGCUCUCUUUACAAAGUUUGGGAGGGCAUUUGAGGCCGCCCGCUGGGCGUAGGAAUUUCAGUGCUGCUGGGAAACUCUCGGCCGCGGCGUCGGUUCUGACGACGGACAAGGUCGGCGGAGAUGGGGGAGAGCGGGCGAGCCCCGCUGCUGGAGGCAACCGACGCCGCUUCGUCUGCAGGAGCUCGCGGGAGGGCUGGGGUUGGCGGCGGCGCGACGGCGGCGCAGACGCUUGGGAACAUCGUGGUGUCUGUCGUGGGAACGGGCGUUCUGGGUUUGCCCUACGCCUUCCGGGUCGCCGGAUGGCUGGCCGGAUCAAUCGGCGUCGCUCUCGCCGGGAUUUCCGCGUUUUACUGCAUGCUUCUUCUGGUACAAUGUAGACAAAAACUAGAAGAAAAAGAAGAAACAAAUGAGUUUCCACAUGCACUGAAUUAUGGCGAUUUGGGAGCAAAAGCCUUUGGGUCAAUCGGGCGUUGUGUAACUGAAUUUCUUAUCCUUAUUGCCCAAACUGGUGGCUCCAUUGCUUAUGUAGUCUUCAUUGGCCAAAAUCUUUCAUCUAUUUUCAUGGCAAUUAAAACAGAGGAUCAUACUAUUAUGCCUGUUGUCUUCAUUUUUGCUCUAUUUCUUCCCCUAGAAAUUGCCCUUUCCUUUAUCCGUUCUCUUUCUUCCCUUGCACCGUUCAGUGCUUUUGCUGAUAUCUGCAAUGUUCUUGCUAUGGCAAUAGUCAUCACAGAAGACUUUCAAAGAUUCGACAAAUCCUUUGCGAAAAGGCCUGCUUUUAAUGGUCCUUGGGGAUUACCAUUUGCUGGAGGUGUGGCGGUUUUUUGUUUUGAGGGCUUCAGCAUGACAUUAGCAUUGGAGGCCUCAAUGGCUGAGAAGAGGAAGUUUCCUUUGGUGCUUUUGCAGGCAUUUACUGGCAUUAUGGUUGCCUAUAUAUGUUUUGGAAUAUUCGGUUACUUAGCAUAUGGAGAGGAGACCAAAGAUAUAAUAACACUUAACCUUCUCGACAAUUGGUCCGGUAUCGCAGUAAAGGUUGGUCUAUGUAUUGGUCUAGCAUUCACGUUCCCGAUAAUGGCACACCCAAUUAAUGAAAUCAUCGAGACAAAGCUGAGGUCAAGAAAAUGGUUUCAGAAGCUUAGUCACAGUGCACCAUUUGGGGAGUGGUUAUUUUUCCAUGGGAGCCGUAUAAUUGUGCUUAUAAUGCUGUGCGUAUUGGCUUCUUUUGUUCCAGGUUUUGGAAACUUUGUCUCCUUCGUCGGUAGCACCAUCUGCGCGUUACUUUCGUUUGUUUUACCAGCUUCAUUUCACCUCAUUUUUCUUGGCUCUGAAAUGCGGCUAUGGCAGAAAAUAUUGGAUUAUGGUAUAGUUCUUGUUGGUGUGGCCUUCGCUGUGCAUGGAACAUAUAAUGCGAUCGCAGGCAACCUGUCUAAUUGAAAUCUCGGCGAACAAAGCCAUGGAUAGAUCCUUAAGUCGACAAUCACUUUGAGACUAGAGUGUUUCAGAUGGCAGGGGACUAUCCUAUGUAUUAAAUUUCAAGAUGCAGCAGAAUAACUUUGGUAAAUUAUUCUAUGCAGAUAAAUGAUAAGCUGUUCUUCCUUUUCAACUUGAUUCCUUUCUUAAUGAAUGUCUUAGUGUUUCCAUAGCUUGCUUAAACUGCUGAUAAUGCACUGCAUUGUAGUUUUAUCCAAUGAACUGUAUGUGUUCUUGGUUGUUUUUAUUGAUUACAGAGAGAAAUAAGAUGGGCAAAAGUCAAAAGGCA